CUCUUCCAUUUCCACCCACUCCAACGGCUGUUCCCGAAUCCGGAUACUACCACACUCGGCGGCUCGGCGUCGCCGUCACCACCCCAGAACUACCUUAACAGUAGGAACUCUAGUUAACACCUCGUGCGCCCGAGACGAAGUGACAUCACUGCCAAUCCGCCACGACAUCAAGUAGCACCAGGCAAAGAGCCGCCCAGACGCCGCAUCCCACCGUCGGGAACUCGUCCAGCUUCAUCCCUACAAUUCGGUAUCCUCACGUCUUGUGGUGUUUAGCAGCUCGAUUUCAGCUGACCGUCGCGGGCUUCUGCGCCGCAUAAACCGCCCGCCUCACUAUCCGGCCGCCGCAGACAACUAUCGCCCAGCUCCGGCGGCUGUUCGAUUCGGCAUCAUUAGCGUAGCACCAACGGAGAGACAGACCCCUCGUGAGGCUGCUGAUCCGGCUACUGAGCAACAGACCAUCACCCGUCGCCCGCCGCCUCCAAACCCGUGCAAUCCGGGGCGUCGCAUCAGCCCCUACAUAAUCAUUCUUGCUGCGAUUUUCCUCACAUUUAUUCUGCGCCGCAGUCUCCCAUCACUGUUACUUUGUGGUAUUCUCUUUGAAUAAUCCGUACAUACAAUCAGUCUCAGUCCUUGCCACCAAGGAUCAUGUCGAGAUAUGAAGCCGACGAUGGUGGCCGCCGCUCGCGACGCGACCGCGACUACUCCCCCGAUUAUCACUCUGGUGGCGGCGGAGGCGUGAGAUCGUUUGACCCGAACUACGAAAACCAGCCUCCUCCCCCUCCCCCUCCUCAACAGCAGCCACAGCAGCAACCUCGUGGCCUGAACGAGGACUACUACCGUGAAAGUGCCGCCACUCUCGGCGUCCCGACUCAGAAUAACCCCCGGCCACGGUCCGUGCCUCCCCCGUCCUCGGCGAUGGUACGGCGGCCCCGCUCCCCGUCUCGGUCGUCGCGUUCCUCGUCCCGGUCCUAUCGUGGCCGCGGUUUCGAUGACGAUGAUCGCAGUCGGUCGCGCGGUGUUUCUCGUGGAGCCGACCCCAUGAGCCGCGCUCGGGGGAUCGUCCAUGACAACUUUUCCCAUUCGGCCACAGGCAUCGGUGUCGGCAUUCUCGGGGCCGUGGUCGGGGGCAUCGUGGCCAACAAGGCGUCGGAAGCAGCCUUCAAGCACAGGCACAAGACGAGUGGUCGAGGGCGCCGCCACAGCGACGAAGCAGCUCCACGGAUGGUUUCUACAAUCCUUGGUGCUGUGGCUGGUGGUCUCGGCGCGAAUGCCAUCGCGAACAAGGUCGAGGACUCACGUGAUAGGGGCAGACAACGCCAGCUGGCAUGGGAGGGACGCUACGGUCCUGAGGAGGACUUGCCGCACUACGACUCUGGGCGGCCGGGAGACCUCGAUCACAAGAAUGGACGUGGUCGGCUGUACCGCGGCGAUGACGAUGACUACGAUUACGUAUAUGACGACGAUAGAAGGUCUAGCCGCUCUGGAAAGCGUCGCAGGGACGAGGAGGCCGGCUUCCGAUACCGCUUCUGAGGACGAGGCACCGCACUCACAAUUAAUGGCUUUCCUGAUGAUCAGACGACUGUUGCGCUUUCGGCGAUAAUAUCUGCAGGAUAAUUUUUGAUCCAAAAUACUUGACAUGUAAAAUGGGCCUUUCAUACGAUAGGGAGUCGAUGGAUGCAGAGAGGUUACCUUGAUGGGGUAGGACAUGACGCCACGUUUUUGAUGAAAUUGAGGUUGCUGCGGGACGAUGUCGUUUGGAGAGAUCGAGGGUCACCGAGCCAUGAUCAGACCUAUCAUGUUUUACACUAUGAUACAAGUUCUCAUUUUCUCACUACUUACGAAGUACAUGAGAACCAGCCUCGG